AAGUAUUGGUUCAAGGAAGAUGAAUAUAAGUUAUUCUAUGAGAAUAACUUCAACAUUUUCAAAGCCUUUGGAUCAGAAGAUAAGAAUGAUUCUGCAGUUCAAAUCCAGGUUGAAGAUAAGGACGAUUAUGUAGUUCAAAUACAGGUUGAAGAUAAGGAAGAUUCUGCAGUUCAAAUACAGGAUGAAGAUAAGGAAGAUUCUGCAGUUCAAAUCCAUGUUGAAGAUAAAGUUGAGUUGGAAGCACAUGAUGAAGUCAUUAAACUUCAUACCGCUGCUUCAUCAUCAAAAAAGAGAAAAGAGCUUGAAAAACCAGACGGACAACAACAAUCUCCUAUUCAGCAACAGACAGUAGCAAGAGUUGAAAAACUUGAAAUUCCAUGUGAUUCUGUUAUGGAGCGAGUUCGUCCACGUAAAUCUGCAAGACGUACCAAACAUAAUAUGGAAGAAGAUGACGGACAAGAACAAUCUCCUAUUCAGCAACUGACAGUAGCAAGAGUUGAAAAACUUGAAAGUCCAUGUGAUUCUGUUAUGGAGCGAGUUCGUCCACGUAAAUCUGCAAGACGUACCAAACAUAAAAUGGAAGAAGAUGAUCGAAGGAGUAUGACAAGAGGCCAAAAGAGGAAAAUUGAAUCGCAGACAAACAAAAGACGAGUCCAAUGCAAAAAAAAUCAAGUGAACAGAAAUAAGCCUAAAAAGAAAGAAAAGAGAAAGCUUCCUGAUGAAAGUGAUAACUCGUUGGAGGAUGAAACAGAUGGAGAAGAUGAACAUGGAAAUUUAAUUCCAAAGAAGAUAAAAAUAAGAGCUCGUGCAAGCACAUUCUCCAAAGUUAUAAGCCAACUUUCAAAAGCUCAAAAGGAAUGGAUUCAAAAUGCGGGGUUUGGUGAUUUACUACUAUUCUGUAUGAAUAAAAUUCCAAAAAAAAAAUUGGCAGUAAAUGUUCUUUGGUAUUACGACCCUUAUGAAAAUGUGCUACAUCUCAAGGGAACCCAAGUAAUUAGAAAAAAGGAGGACGAUGUACAUGAUGUUCUAGGGUUUCCAAAAGGCAACAGGGAUGUUGUUUUUGCUGCUGAUAAAGAAAAGUUGGAUGCGUGGAGAUCACAAUUUCCAGAGAAAAUAGCUCCACAUAAAGUGACAGAGAAGAUGGUGUUCUCUGCUAUGAAAAAAACCAGGGAUGCUGAUAUACAAUUCAAACAAAACUUCAUGGUUUUGUUGUCUAAUCUUUUUUUUAGGUCCCACACUGGUUCUUAUGUGAAUCAAGAAAUUUUAGAGUUUGUUGGAUCGUUUGAUGAUGCCGUGAAAUUUAAUUGGUAAAAGUUGGUUGUGAAAGGGUUGAGAGACGCGUCAACAGCUUGGCUACAAGAUCCAAUAGAACAGUAUUACACAGGAUCAUUGGUGUUCUUGAUUUAUUUCUAUCUUUAGAAAGUAGAAAAUGAUCUCAUAAAAGCUGAGAAGACAAGACCUUCAUUUAUAGGAUGGAAAAAUUCUAUAAUAUUGCAAAGAGAAGCCACUGAAGAUGUGGAUAAUUCUUUUGGACAAGGAAUUAUUAAGGCGGAUUGUGAGGAAUUAGACGAUUCUCAGGAAGAUGAUGGUACUAAAAAUAUUGGGGAGCAAGAAACUGAGCAAGUUGAAGAUUUGAAGGGUCAGUGCAAAGACAAAGUAGAAGCAGAUAGAAACAAAACAUCUACGUCCAACAGUAUGCCUGCUUCCCUUCUGCCAUCUGGUGGUUUUUCAAUUGAAAUUGGAGGUGAUAUAAGGACGACAUUAGGAAAAAAUUCAAUUCCAGACCAACAAGCAUUGGUUCCUCCGGUAAUAUCAUUCCUUUUCCUUAUUUAUUUAUUUCUCGUGUGUAUCAUAGCUUUAAAUUCGGUGCAUCUAUUGAUGAUACUAACAAUUUGUUGUCUGUUGUUUAAGGAUGUUAUAGUCUCACCAAAAACUACAACUACAACUGCAGGAGUUGAACACGUUCUUAAUCGGGAUGAUAAAAAGACCAGUGAAAUGAGCUUGGUAACAAGUCAGCACUUUCAUACCCCAAUGGAAACAAUUAAAGGAGUUGAUGAUUUAUUUCAAAUGGUUAGCACUAACAAAACAGUAGACAUAGCAAUCAUGUCUGUUGCUAGAGACAUAAGUGCUGAUUACGUUAAUGAAGAUUUUAUAAAGGAAGAUGAAACAAUGCAACUGAUCAAAGAAGAACUUAAACAAAUGGAAACUUUGCAAACAUCCUGCCGUAACAAUUUAAAAAUUGCACGGGCAUUAUUCCCUUCCAAUUCAGAAUUGGAGAAACUUGAAGAGCAAUUUGAGAGGUUGCAUCAAUUUUCUGGCAUCAAAAAAGCACCAGCAAUAGUGGAUAAAAGUUGUGAACGCAAUGAUUUGGAAAAUGCAAAAGCUAACAUAAAUCAAAUGAAUGUUUGACAAAGGCCAAGGAGGGAAAUGAAAAUAGGUGAAUUUCAGAAAUCACCGUUUCGUCAGCGAACCAUUGACAUUGACAAGUUAAAGUUGUCAAAAGUGGAGGAAGACACUUGGUGUUGGCUUAAUGCAAACAAUUAUUUGCCACUUCAACAAAUUUUCUUUUGGAAUGGACAUUAUAUAUGUUUGAAGCAACAAUUUCAAUCGUUGCGUGAUGGCUGUCAAAUAUAUACUGCUGUUGUGGAUACUUUCACCUGUAUCUUGAAUGAUGAUGAGAGGUUCAGAUCACUUGAUUCUCCGAGGAGAUUUUUUUGCA